UUUGGAGGACUGCAGGGGGUACGUGACAUUUUUUGCAAAAUGUUUUUCAGUUACAAGGCUGUAGUUCCUUCUACUGUCAUUUUCCUGGUUUUUUUUCAAAGGUUUUGUCCCUGAUUUUGAAGGUUUUUGAGUCGCUUGUUUUGACCAAUUCUUUCUUUUGUUCCUUAGUUUGUAUUACUAUUUUCGACCUAUUCUUGCCUUACUUUCUUCCGUCUUUCCCCAAGGUUUUGUUUAAAAAAAAAAAUAAUUUUAAAUGUUGCAGUUGUUUUGUAAAUCUAUCGCUGUAUUGUUCCUCCUUUUGACUUUCCUUUUGUUUUUCUACUAAAAACUAUUCGCGCUGGUUAGGGGGUACAUGGCUUAAAAAACUGUUCAAAGAGGGUACAUUAUUGAAAUAAGCGUGACAAUCACUGCUCCAAAGCUCGUCUGAGGAUUCUAGGCAGUUCCUGUACUCACGUGGGCUUUACAGGAACGCCCGACCGUCUCCUUCGGUCGGUCUUCCGCCUAUAGCUAUCCGUGUACGGAAAGAUGGCGGCACAAACAGACCGCGGUGUCCCACUCAGUACGCUUUGUCCUAAAUUUCUUCAUACCAAUUCCACUAGCCACACCGGGCCCUUCAGCGCCAUAGCUGAGCUCAUAGACAAUGCCUAUGAUCCAGAUGUCAGUGCCAAACAAUUCUGGAUUGAUAAGACUGUGGUCAAAAAAGAAGAAUGCCUCACUUUUAUGGAUAACGGAAAUGGACUGGACCAUGAAACAAUGCAUAAGAUGCUCAGCUUUGGGUACAGUGACAAGACUGCUUUAAAGGGUGUGAAGCCAAUUGGCAUGUAUGGCAACGGUUUCAAGUCUGGAUCCAUGCGUCUCGGCAAAGACGCCAUCGUGUUUUCGAAGUCAAAGAGUGUGUCAUGUGUUGGGAUGCUCUCUCAGACCUACCUGAAAGAGAUUGGUGCUAACCAAAUAAGUGUUCCUAUUGUCUGCUUUGAACGGAGAGAGAAAAACAAGUUCAGUGUAAAAGAGGAGCACAAAGCCAGUCUGCAGGACAUCCUGCGCUAUUCCCCUUUCAAGACACAGGAAGAGCUGCUCGUUGAGAUCGAUGCCAUCAGUGCCCACUCACCCAUAGGGAAAACUGGCACUCGGAUCAUCAUCUGGAAUCUCCGCAGGACAUCAACUGGAACAUCAGAGUUUGAUUUAGCCAAGGAUCGUUACGAUAUCCGAAUACCAUCUGAUAUCUACGAAUCAAUGAAAGACACUUCUCAACAACCAGACAUUGUCACGUCAUACAUACCUGAGAGUUUUUACUCACUACGGGCAUAUUGCAGUAUUCUCUACCUGAAGCCUAUAAUGCAGAUCAUCAUACGUGGUCAAAAGGUGAAAUCUCAGCUCAUUGCUAAGAGUCUGGCCUUCGUCAGAAAAGACCACUACAAGCCCACUUUCCUUACCAAACGCAUUCCUAUCACUUUUGGCUAUAACACCAAAAGUAAAGACCAGUAUGGCAUUAUGAUGUAUCACAAGAAUCGGCUCAUCAAAGCCUAUGAACGUGUGGGCUGCCAGCUCAAGGCCAACAACAAAGGUGUUGGGGUCAUUGGGGUCAUAGAGUGUUACUUUCUGGAACCGACCCACAACAAACAGAGCUUUAAUGAGACUGAUAAGUACAGGAAAACUAUGACUAAUUUGGGGACCAAACUGGAGGAGUACUGGAAUGAAAUAUGUUACAGGAGAAAAACAGAGGAUCCAACCAGCACCAUACCAGUGGAAGAUACCAAGAAGCAACCAGAUCAAAACUGGGUGCAGUGUGAUGACUGUUUGCGCUGGCGCAAACUCCCUGAUGGGAUCGACAGCAACAAGCUACCAGAUAAAUGGUUCUGCCGUAUGAACCCUGAUCCUCAGUUCAGGAGCUGCCAGGCAGAGCAGGAGCCUGUGGACUCUGAUGAGGAGCAACCUUCAUACUGCAAAACCUAUAAACAACAGGAGAGGAAAGACAAAAAGAAACAAGAGAUGGAAAGACAAAAAGCUGAGGAGGAUCGAAAGCGUAGGGAAGAGCAGCGUUUGGCUGAUCUCUCCAGGCAAAAACAGGCCCAGAAACGGCUAAAGACUGUCGAUUCCCCUUACAUCCCAACUACUCCAAGGAGUAGGUUAAACACUAAUUUAACACAAGGGGGUGCUGCGAGAGCUGAAUCCUCUCCACUGAGGUCCUCCACCAUUUCACAAGCUGGGGGUGCUGUGAGAGCUGAAUCCUCUCCACUGACAUCCUCCAUCCUUUCACAAGCCGCUUGCAGCCCCUCCAGUAGCAGUGGUCUUCCAGUUAUUUCUAGUGUAUGCUCACUGUCGCCAGCUUUACUGUCAACAGGCCAUCUGAGGGGGAAAAGAUCACAGCCUGUUACACCCCAUGCAACGCCCAAAAGACCUAAAAAGAUGAAUGGCUUCCAUCGUGGUAACUCUAAUAAAUCCACAUUAGUGGAUGUGAGCCCAGUAAGCUCCCCAUCAGUGCUCAUUGAUGAUGGUGAUGAUGAUGAUGAUGAUACUGAUGAUGACAUUUGUAUCUUGGAGGCUGUCAGUGCCCCCAGGCCCAAAAAGCUAGACAUUGAUUUGAACAAAGUGAAGACAGAACAAGAGCAAAGUGAUGCUAAUGUCGGCAUGCUGAUGGAGUGCAGUGAUGAUGCUGCAGUGGAUGACACCUCGGAGAUGAAUGUUGCAGGAACGGGCUUGGCAAGGUCUGCUGCUGUGGCAACCAGUCCCUCCCCAGUACCCUCCACAGGGGUGACCAGCAGCACCACCCAGACAGAAGUAUCCAAAGUGAAGCAGGAAAAAGAGGUCCAAAAUCAAACUGAAGUGGAGGAGAAAGCAGGGCAGAGUACAUCUAAUGAAAGAGGUAGAGAACAGAGUUCAGGUGUAGACAUGGGUGUCUGCAGUGUUGAGCAGCAAAGCGUUAUUAAGCAAGAGAGCGGAGACGGAGACGCUCGCAGUGAGAAUCAAGGAAAGCAGACCUUUCAGAAUGGCGUGAUGUGUCAUCUGGAUAGUGAAGAAGAUGCUGGACCUUCCUGUUCAAAGAGAGACUCUCCACUUCCCUACCCCAGUGGGACUGAGCUACAGGAACAGCAAGACCAGCUCAUAGAGCUUAUGCAGGCUACAGCUCAGGAAAGGGACUCCUUUAAAGAGCAGGUCCAUACACUUACCUGCCAGCUGCAAGGCGUGCAGAGCCGACUGCAGGAGCUGUCUCAGAUCAAUGUAAAGAAGGAGUGUUCUCACCAGGCCAGCCAGACGGAGAAAACUGAGGAAGGGGAAGACUACAAAAGUCUGUUUGAGAAGGCAAAACAGAAAGUAGAUGAACUGAUUAAGGACAAAGAGGCUUUACUGGCAGCCACUGAGCCCAGUACUGCCCAAGGUGAUGACAUGGAUGAGAUUGCACUGCAAGUUGACUCUCUCAUCCGGAAGCUGGAUGAAAGAAACAAGGAGAUGGAUGAACUGCGCUCACAGUUGAACAGUUUGGAGGAGGAAAAGGCAAACCUGGCAUCCCAGUGUGAAGAGCUCAGGUUGAGCCUGCAGCAGCAGAGGGAAAACGCACAAGAGAGAAGCCCAACUCAACACAGAGUGACUGAUUCUACUGUACAAACCGAUCCAGAGGAGGCAGGAGGGACAGCAAACUCUGGCAUAGAUUCAAGCUCAGAUGCAUCUCGAAGUUUGAUUGAGCUGAGGCAUAACAUUGGGCGCCUUCUCGUCUCCUUCGUGCCUUUUCUGGAACUGGACCAAGUGAAUUAUGAGUGUAAUGUAAUUGAUGAGAUCCUAGAACAGGUUCUCUCCGAUGUGGAUGCUAUCGCACCAGUGGUGCUGAGGAACAGAGGGACGGAGCAAUAAAUAAAUAUAGUAAACAAAUCAUAGCAUCCUGGACUUAAGUGUUGCCCUCCACCUGUAAAUAAUUCAUACAGAAUGAGUGUGGGAAAUCUAGUCUAAUUUAUUUUAAGGUGUGUAAAUAUGUUUUUACAGUUUUUGUAUUGAUAAACCAUGAAUUCAACACACUUAUGAGCAGCUUAGUACUAUUUCUUUAUCUCAUUAAAUACAAUAUAAUCACAGUGUACUUUACAUUAAUGAAUGUUACAAGCCGAUUACUUUGCUCUUGAGUUUCUGGGUAGAAAGUAAACUUUUGUCUAGGUUUUCCAAACAAACAGGCUCUUUAUCCAAAUUUGUCGAUGAUUGACAUUGACACCUGACUGUUUUCUCUUUGGUUUGAAUUGAAGCAUAUGUUGGAUAUAUGUCUUUUUAAUAUAUUUUUUAUAUUUCCUGUCUUUGCAUUGUGAUUAAAUGCUCUAUGGCACAUUAUCAUUGGUAUCCUUCUGUGAACCUUUCUGAUUGAACAAACUUAGAAACUAGGGCUGUCCAGCUUUAUAUUUUGUCUAGCUUCUAACUAGUCUUAGACUAUGUUUCUGAGUGACACAAACUAAACUUAAAAUAAAAAGUAAGGACAUU